AUGUCUACUGCAGAGUCAAGUGCAGGGCGUCCCGUAGUAAGGGAGUUGCAUAUACGAGGAAGCACAAGUUCUUCAGGGAGUGCUGCACCUCGUGUGAAGCCUGCUCCGUCCAAGGAGACGAUACCCGUACCGUUUGAUUAUGCGCCGAGUGAUGAUGGGACGGACGAGAAUUUGUUGAUUCUGUUGCAUGGACUUGGGGAUACACAUCAACCAUUUGGCAAGCUUGGCCGUCAAUUGCGCCUCCCGCAGACCGCAACGUUAGCGUUGCGAGCACCAGAACAGAUACCAUAUUUAUAUGAGGAAGCAUACCAAUGGUACCCCUCAUUCGACGAGCUCGGCCAACCAAUCGUGCAUCCAGUUCCAAAACCAGGCGUCUCCCUCCUCUCCUCCGUAAUCUCACACCUCACCUCUUCCUGUUCAUGGACGCCAAAUCAAAUUCACCUUUUCGGAUUCGCACAAGGAGGUUCCGUCGCACUCGAGACAUGUCUCGAAAUAUGGAAAUCCCGACCCCGCUUUGUCUCCGAGACAGAGGCGGAAUCAGACAGGAAAGCGACACUUGGGAGUGUAGUUAGCGUCGGUGGUCCGUUGUUAUUGCAUCAUGCGAUCUCGACGCCUUGCAAGACACCUGCGCUUAUUCUGCAUCGCGAGGCGCCGAGCGCGCUUGCGUUUGAUGCGGCUGGGACGCAGCUUGCGGCGUUGCGGAAGUUUUUUGGCGGUGUACGCGAGAAGAAGCUGGGUCCAGGUGAGAGUAUGCCUGCGUCGCGUGAAGAGUGGUCUCCUGUGAUGGAGUUUUGGAGUGAGAAACUUGCGAAACGGACAGUCCAGGAUGGAGGGCUGUAUGAAGUUAUGAGUGGGAAUGUGUAGUGUCGUAUUGUGUAUACUUUUGUUUGAUGUAUAUUACUCAGAUGGACAGAUAUUCUAUGAGCC